GGCAUAUGCUGUUAGAGGACCAGUGAAGAAAAAAGAGCCACAAGUAGAGGAUCCUUGUACUGCCCAGACCGAUUUUCAGGCUUCUACGGGCUCACAAUUGAGGAUUCCAAGCGUGUUCGAAGGCAGUGAAGCAAUUGACGCAUGGCUUGAACAUGUGGAUGCAGUCCGAGCAUACCACCAAAUUUCCACUCAGGCUCCUUCCAUCACAAUGCCACGAUCCCCUUCGGUUCUUGCGUCCUACCGAGACGACGAACUCAGUUCUCCUGACCCGCUUGCGACUUCAUUUACUGACGAAGCCAAUGAGAAAUAUGUCGCACGCCCAAGUCGACUAUCCUCACCAAGCAAGACGAGCGCAGCCGCAUUGAAAACCACAAGGAGGAUUUCGAGCGCGGCCUUUUCAUCUUCUCCGUUUCGUACAGUAUCCGAACAGAACUUGAGUCCUUGGAAGAUCAGAGUCACAGUAGAGGCUGCGCCAGAAGAUUCCGAGCUCGAAGGCGCCGCGCCGAGGAUAAUGGCCCGUACAAUCAAGAUACCAUUGAGACCGGAUUCAUCGCCGACGAACAAACCCUCCUCGAGAGGAAGGACAGGGACUUCGACAGGCUCAGAGAAGAACAAGCGAAGUGGGACACCUGUACGAGGAGGAAGAAACAGCAGUCGGUCGCGAAGACAGAGUGUGACAGACCUGAAUGCCAGACCUUUGGGAGAUGAUGCAGAAGAGGACGACUGGCUCAAGCAGAAGAAAUCUCCACGCAAGAAGAGGAAUGCAUCACGCAGCGGAAAGCAGAGUGGUUCGGAAGUAGCAGGCUCAUCUCCAGCCAAAGCGACAAGAAAGACCGCUGUCGCGGGUUUCGAUGUGCGACAAGAUACGGAUGCUGAAGAUGUCGACGAGUGUGUCCAGCAAGUACAAGCCACACCAGAUAUUGACUCUCCAGAAUUGCGCAGCAUCGACCUGAAUAGAGUCUCUGUCCGACCGCGAGCACCAUCAACAAGGUCAAAGGCAGGGGAUGACAAUUCUGACGGAAAUCUCGAUCAGCAGCUCCGACUUUCCAAGAUUGCGACACAGAAGGGAACGGAAACACGCAAGGUCUCCGCUAACAGCGCACUAAGUUAUCCAACACCUUCUCCUUCCUCAUCAUUUCAUGGCGAUUAUGAUGAUGUGGGACAUGCUCUCGAGCAAGAUACUGGAACUCUAUUUGGAGGCGAAACCUUCGACACGGUAUUAGAGAGCGAAGGCUUUACAAUGAUAGACCUGGAUACGUUGCCAUCGGCCAGACAAUAUCGCAGCGCUCCCGUGGAUGCGGAAGAGAGCAAAUUGGCAGACCCUAUGCAGGUAUCUACUACUGAAAACGAUGAAGUACCCGACAAAUUGGGGCGAAUGGACGCCGGCCCUGUCGAAGCUUCCCGGUUGUCCCAGCAAGAGGCCGAUGUCAGCUAUCCCGCUCUCAAUGUCGAGGAGAGUGAUAUUUCCAGCACAGUGCCAUCCUCUCCGCCAGUUGUGGAAGGUCAAAAGAACUUACUUCAACUGCCUUCUUCGUCGUCAACAGGUAUUCGAAAGGUAACGCCACAGCCUUAUUCUUCUCCGAAGCUACCUUCACCACCACGACACGUGGUACAAAGAUCUUCCAAUCAUCGACAUCGUGGUUCCGCUUCUGCAUUGUUUGCAGGCAUUGCUUUGCAGGAAGUGGUGUCACCCGAGCAUGCCAGCCGUAACGUCACGUCUAAGCAGACACUCGACUCUUCAAGCGGAGGCACUGGGGCCCAACAUGACCAUAUGUUUGAGGGCUUCGACUCUGGCACGAAACGUGAAUUGAGGGCCGGGCUUCGCUUCGGGGAAGAAUUAGCAAAGCGACAGUCUUCCGAUGCGGCUAUCAGAGCAGCUCCAGCAGGCUCCGGUACGUGUGCUGCAGACAAUCUCCGGCGCCUGAGCAUCUCGGCAGAAUCUCAUUUGCAUACGUUGGUCAGACCUCAACCCGUCACUCAGGUCUGGAGAGGCGAGAAUGUGGUUCAACGCACUCCCGUACAUACCUCGAGUAGCACAGAGUCGCGGUCGAAAGGAACAAGCAGAGACAUGAUCCAGACGCCUCAAACCCAGGUGUCAACACAGAGAGAUCCAGCAAUACUCGACACAAUGGCUCGACGCGAACGUGAAUGGCAGCUCGAGAGGGAGGCAGUGUCAAGACAGAUCCAGAACGCGAGCGAGAGCCAGGUUAUUGUGAUCGACAGCGAUGACGAGUCCGGCAUGUCAGACCAUGCACAGCAAGUCGGUCCAGUGUUUGAUAUGGAUCAGGACAUUGGAGGUGACGAGGAAGAGGACAUCUGGCUCGCAGAAGCUAAGAAUCCUUCCAGUCCGCCACAUGAUAAUAAAGCGCCUUCACGACCUGGGGGUGACAGUCUCUUUACGCCAACCGAACAUCUGAAGCAGGCGGAACGAGCGAAGGAGUUCAUGGAGAAGCCUCGACGAAGCCUGAUCCCGAGUCCCUGGAGAAGAGGAGACGAAGUCACUCCGCCCCAGCCAGAGCACAGCACAUUUCUGUCCACCAAUGCAGAUGAGAUGAGUGGUCUGGGGUACUGGAAAGAUACGGAGUCUGAGAUCAAGUUCGGCGCUGGCGAGAUUAAAAGACAGCAGCUGGGCCAGAGAAGAAGUAGUGGGACGUUCGACAUCGACCUUAUGCUCGGUACGCCAAGAAAGGAGGACGUUGAUGAUGAAGCUAUGGAAGCAAAUGGCGAGUCCGACGCGGACGCUGAACUAGAAGAAUAUCCAGAUGACACAGCCCCCGCUGUGAAGACUCACGAGUCGAACACUACGCUGGGCGAGGGUGACCAUUCAACAGCCCAUUCGUUGACUGAUGCCAUCCAUGCGCUCGGUCAACCAUCAUCGCCUGAACAACGGGUCCUGAUCCCAGUCAAUUUCAAUGACUCCUUGAUGUCCAGCGCAACAUCACCACAUCAAGCUUGUCAUACUAGCUUCGAAUCGCCACCGCUGGCCGAGCAGCUUGUAUCAUCUCCUCAACGCCCACCAACGCCACGUUCAGCCUUGAAAGGCUCACGGCAGAGUUUGGGUCAAGCUGUGGGACCGGAGAGACCUGACACACCGACGAUGAUCAGAAGAGUCGUCUUUAGCCAGCGAUCAAGAGGCGUCGAUAUCGAUGGCCUGGAAAGCAGCUUCAGCAUGAGAACAGCCAGUGACGAGUCCACACUGGGUGAGGCAGGCUUGCAGUUACGUCGUGAGUUGCUGGCUCACGAAGAUGAAAUCGACCACGACCACGAUCCUGCAAUCGACGUUGUCCAAUAUGGGGCCAAAGAGGACUCACAGCACUCCAUAAGCAUAACGACCUCCUCGGAGCCGACACCGACACCGACACCUCCGGCUCAACAGCCAGGCGUAGGAGAUAGAAUUUGGGGUUCUGGACAAGCAGCCAGCAGCCAGCAGCGAGCCUCGUCAUCUCCGAUCAGUAACCUAGAUGGCACGUCCAGUGAGUCGCAGCAUCAACCUGAAUCCCUGAGGUGGGAGAAGACGAAAUCAUCCAUUCCCUCGUCCGGCAAACUUUCCAGCUCGACCAAGUACUCUCGGUCUUCCAAUCCAAAAUCCACCAAACUGCCCUCAUACCUCCUUCAACCCUCCUAUCCGUCCGAUCCCUCGCGCUCGCCCUCCGCGCCUCUCGCACUCACUGGGUCAUUUACAAACACACAUUUCCGCACAUUGCACAUCCUAUACCGCAAAUCUCUGCGGCCUAAGUUCCACGCCCCAGCUCGCCAUACUAUUCGACCUGAGAUCAUGGCCUUACGGGGACGAGAAAUGGACAUCGACGAGACGGCCAACGGGAUCGAAGAGCUGUUUACAUGGACGAUUGGUGAUAGCGAGUGUGAGGUCCUCGAGCGGUUCAUGCAGGAGGUGGAGUAUAGCCAUGGUUUCUACCUGGGACGCAGAGUGAGAGAUGACAAUACAGGGAGCAAGGAGAUAAAGUGGGGAUGGAGCGUCGACCAGCUUACAGAGUGGUUGUGUCGGAUCGUUGUAGGUGAGGUGGUCAGGGAGGAAGAGCGGAAAGGAAAAGCGUGGGGGAGUGAUUGAUUGCUUGCUUGUUUGUUCAAGUUCUAUACCCAAGACGUGUCAGUGAGGAGCGCCGGAGUACGUACUGUGUGAUAUUCCCAUAUGAGUUUUUACAUUGGUUGCGUGGUGUGAGUGAGCGAGCGAGUUUCAGAUGGCAAAUUUCUCCUCCGUAUUGGGUUGAAAGGCGAAGAUUCAUCCGAAUUACGGAGUACACAGUACAUAGUCAAUGGAUAGGGUUUGGGUAGGGCCGGGGUGCGAAUAGAAGAUACCUUUACCAUCCACACAACAGAUGACCCACCGAGAUUCGCCAAU